AUGCCUAAUCUGGAGCACCCAGCGUACCCAGCAGCUGCUCUGCUUCGCUUGGAGAGUCUGGUGCCUUGCAGAGACUCCCAGGUGUCCCUGCUGCUCUCAAUAUUUGGAGAGCGUCAGCACUUUAGUUUUCCAUCCAUCUUUAUCUAUGGACAUACAUCGAGUGGAAAGACUUAUGUGAUGCAAACACUUCUAAAGACCUUAGAGCUUCCUCAUGUGUUUGUGAACUGUGUGGAAUACUUCACAUCACGACUUCUGUUAGAAGAAAUUCUUACCCAAUUGCAAAACUGCUCUUCUUCUGAGACAGAACAGACUUCUCACGUGCCUUGUGACACUUUCAAUGACUUCGUACGUCUGUUUAAACAAACUAUUGUGAGUCAAGAGCUUCAAGAUGAGACAUUAUACAUCGUACUGGAUAGAGCAGAACAGCUGAGGGAAAUGGAAGCAAACAUCCUGCCAGCAUUUCUUAGGCUUCAGGAGUUGACUGACGCAAAUGUGACAGUUGUCCUGCUCAGUGAAAUAGUUUGGGAACUGUUUCGUCCAAAUGUUGGAUGCUUUGAGCCUUUCACCUUGUAUUUCCCUGAUUACAGCAUAG